CUAAAGCGUUUAAAGCAGCUCCCAGAAUCAAAGAUGCUGGGAGUUGAAUGCUUCUGAAUGGAGUGUAAUCCUCGAUGGCAUCGACGGGGUUUUGAACGACAUUCAUGGCUGAAAGUUACUAUUUUCGAAAACUGUGGCUGAAGACGUCCAUUCGAAAAUUUUGCGAGAUGAGAGGCAGGAAUAAUUAUGAAGAAGCGGACUAGAGGGCUGGAAGUCGAAUAAAUAAGAAAGAGAAGAAGCGAGAGAGAUGAAGGUUGCAGACGAGAAGGGGGGAAAGGCCACCUACCUACCUGCAACCACCUUCCGCACCACAGACCAUCAACCCCCAACGAGGCGUCGAAAGGCAAAGGUACUAUGACUCCCUUUCUCAGUUCUUCCAUGGGGUACAAGGCAGACUUUCAGUGCAUUCCAGGAUAUUUGCAGGUUGUAUCUGCACAAAGUCAAAAAUCUGCCUUGCAAAGUAAAUUAUUCUCUGAAUUCAAAACCAACAAAUGCGCGAUCGCCAAGGGUGCGAGACACGUUUACCUGCCCAUUUGGUCGCAUCCUUCACUAAAAGUCACCCAGCUGCAUCCUCUCACCGAUAACCCUGUUCGGUGCCCUUCCUGCGGAUAUCUUAACUGCUCAGUUCCCCUUUUUGUUAAGAUUCGAACUUACUUUGGUUCUUUACGAUCGUUCAGAACCAACCGCCCCCUUUACAAUCCCUAGCACUUGCUUUAUUGCUUGCCUGUCGUCAAUAUGAGCAGCAAAACACAACAGAAAAGCCAGAAGCCAGCAGUUCCGCUCAGCAAAGUCCCAUCUAUCAAGGAGCUCCUGGAGCCUCUUGGUUUCCAGAGCGCUUCUAUUAAGGAUACUGAUAAAUUCCAAGAAACCACUCGUGCAUUCAGAAAAUCGUAUCAAAGUCCAACAGGGCGAACAAAUAUCAAUCUCCUGCAAUGGAACGAGCCUCUUGUGCAGUGGGAGUACAGAAAUAUGGCCAGCAUCUUCCUGGCGGAAGAUGACAAUGGAGAUAAGUACUGGGGAAGUGGGCGGAAGUGGUACUCAACUGGGUUGCAGUACCCUGACGACACAGACAGAAUUGUUGCGCUCUUGAUGCAAUUAUUUUUCAAGCAGACUAGAUACGCAUUCAAUAAUCUACAGUACGGACAUAAACAGUCAGAUCCCAGCAUUGGGUCGAGGGACAACACAACGCCGAGUAGCGAAACAGUCCCACACGAGCGGCCAACUCCUUCAUCGAGUACUGUAACUGGGGACUCGCAGGAAUCAAGAACUUCGAGGACAGCAACAGUAGAUCCACAGGCCUUCGCCCACGGCGAGACGAUGUCGACAGCGAAAUCACUUGAAGGCGAGGGCAGUGGCAGCAAAGCGUCAAGAGAGGCAGAUAUAUUCGAUGGUCCAGAUGACCUUGAUGAGUCCAUUAGAAUGGCAUUCGAUAUUCUGUCUUCGGAUCACCAGCCACCGCCAUCGAUCCAACCAACGCCAAAACCAAGUACUACCACCCCACGCAAACGAAAGAAUCAAAGUAACGUCGAGCCUCGCCGCUCGCGUCGCAAGCAUGUUCCUACCUACAAUCCAGAUUACAUCUCAAACCCAGACGACUACGACGCUGCUUUCGAAAGCAGUAGAAAUGGCAGUGGCGAACCAGUUGAGGAGACCACUGAGAUGAACUACAGUUUUGAUCGAGACUCGUCCGUGGAAAUCAUGAGCGUCUCGGAUCGGAAUGUUGACAUGGAUGGCGUUGCCGGUGGUACCUCGUCGUCCAGACCAGCAGUGGGCAAGCCGUUCAAAGCUCCAACUGCACCGAUGAUGACUACUUCUGCGAGAACAAAGACUCCCAUAUCAGCACCGAAACCUCUAACGAAGCAGAUUGCGAGUUCGAAUCCACAGGAGGAGGCAAGAUCGACUGCUGCUGAAGUCGCGACGAGCAAGACGCCUGUCCCGUACACGAAAAUUGUGAAGCUGAGUAUGCCGUCCUCCAAAGCACAGGCAAAACCACUCGGGAACAAUUUCGGAGCUAGAAGGACCUCUUCAGAAGGAAAUCUUCCUGCUGCUCAACCAUCUGCUCCACCACAAAAAGGAACGGAGGGAGUUCUGAGGCUGGGUGUUGCGGAUCCCAGAACUGAACAAGUCGUUUGCAAGGUGCUUGCAGCACAUUAUGAAAAAGUGAGAUCUGAAAGUGGACCUCGAGCUUCAGGAACGUCGGAGGGAUCACUUGAGCUGCAACGUGAUACCGCAGAGCGAGCAGUUAUUCCGCCGAACGAACGGGAAGCACAACCUUAUGCCAUGACACCGGAUAAUGUCUUAUUCUCGCGAGCCCAGCUGGAAGGUCGAACUCCAAGUACAGUUUCAACAGCUCCGGCCUUGAUUAUUCCCUCCGAACCUGUCGCUGUACCUUCGCAGGAUGUUGCAGAAGUUGAACCGAUUCCACCACUUCAAGUAGCCCGUCCACAACCGGCCCCAACACCACCUCCAGCUCCAGCAGCGACAGCACCGUCCUUCAAAGCGUCCCCCACACCCACACCUAAACCCGCUCCCAAAGCAAAAUCCCAGAUUCCCCUUUGGGUCAUAACUCGCAACCCGCACCCCACCGAAGAGCUCUGGGACACAGGCAGACUCUCUGGGCUCACGCUCCCCUCUUUUCUUGCCAGUUUGUCACUCCUGACCUCUCGCUCUGCGGAUUUAAUCGACAAGGUUAUAUUCACACUACGUACGCCGAUUUCCAAUACGAAGAUUUCGGUGGGCAGGGAAGCGGAGGAUAGUUGGUCGAGGGUGAUGGUUACGUUUAAGAAGAAGUUGAUGGAGGUGAAGGGGAAGAGUCUGAGUGAGGUGUGUAGUAUUUUGAUUGACCCGGUUUGGGAGGAGGUGCUUGAAGGUGAGGACGGGGAGAUGGCUGAGGAGGAUGUUUAUUUUUGAUUUUGGACUUUUCACGCCUUAGGGAAAAACUAUUUUAGCAACGUACAGGACGAACGCGCGCGGUUCAUGCUUCAAGUGAGGCCUGUCUUUGUUUCGUAUCUUGGUCUCUGGCCACUCUUUUGUAUUAGAUUCGAGACGUAGCUAGAAUGGUUUGAGAUAAUCCUGUGGCCUAGCGAAAAUGGCCCAUGGGGCGGCUAACCGAGAGGGCUUCAAGGAGACUGCUGUUGACCGUUAACAUAACAGUGGAAUAAAUGCUGAUAACGAUUUCCCAAUCUCUUGAUCAAUA